GAUAAUGAUUUGUUCUGUGGAUAUUCACUAUUAAACACAUGUUAACUUAACUUUGGGACAUGUUAUUCACCUUGUUGAAUAUCUCUUCACCAGCUGAAGUGUCUAACUGUUGACAGUUUACCGCAUUCUUGCACCGGGCACAGUUAGCGUUAUGCAAAGCAGGAGGUCAUGGCUUGGAAGUCGAAGAGUCGCAACCUACAGGUGUUUGACACGGAGCUGAGUGCUGACACGGUGGAGUGGUGUCCUGUUCCGUCCAGCCACGACGUCCUGGCCUGCGGGACAUAUCAGCUACAGAAAGGGCCAGGGGAAGAGGAUGCAACCCCAAUCCGGACUGGUCGUUUGUACCUUUUUGAAUUUCGGCGAGAGGGAUCGACGAGCCCUCCUCUCACUGAGCUACAGCGCAUGGACACAGCGGCUAUUUUAGAUUUGAAAUGGUGCCAUGUGCCGGUGUCAGGGAAGGCAGUGCUGGGAAUGGCAGCUGCCACCGGAGAGCUGCAGCUGUACACUCUGUCAGACGCUCAGGAAGGCGGCCGUAGACUGCACUCUCUGUGCAGUUUGGAGGUGGGAGCAGAGCGACUGGCCCUGUCUUUAGACUGGUCCACUGGAAGAAUGGACAGCAGCAGUGAUGUGCGGGUGGUGUGCAGUGACUCUGCAGGCUGCGUCAGUGUGCUCUCCCUGGCUGAAGGCGCUCUGACGACUCUGUCACAGUGGAAGGCCCAUGACUUUGAGGCCUGGAUCUCAGCCUUCUCCUACUGGGACACACAGCUGCUUUACUCUGGUGGUGAUGAUUGCAAACUUAAAGGCUGGGAUCUCAGGGUUGGUCCCUCCUGCCCCACAUUCACUAGUAAAAGGCACUCAAUGGGUGUGUGCAGUAUACACAGCAACCCACAUCGGGAACACAUCUUGGCUACAGGCAGCUAUGACGAGCAGGUUUUGCUGUGGGAUGGCAGGAACAUGCGGCAGCCUCUCAGUGAGAGUCCUGUGGGCGGUGGAGUGUGGAGGCUGAAGUGGCAUCCGACCAAUCAGCACCUGCUUCUCGCAGCCUGCAUGCACAAUGACUUCCACAUCCUUCACUGCCAGCAGAGCCUAGAGGGCAGUGGAGGAGCGUGUCCCGUCGUAGCUUCCUAUAUCCUCCACAACUCCCUGGCGUACGGAGCUGACUGGUCCCGGCUGUCCCUGGAGGAACCGGCUCCCUGCUCCCCCGUUGCUGCAGAACCAAAAGAAAGCCUCACAGAGAGUGGAAGACACUUGAGAAUUCAGUAUGAAUCUCCCACCGCCAGCUUUGACACUUCCUUGGAGGAUGAUGCAGGACGAUACAUCCCAGAGGGCAUUGCAACGCCCCCUGUCACCCCAAGUGCAGGCCCACCUUUCAACUGUAAUGAGGACGCCCCAUCACUGACCUGUCUGCUGGCAAGCUGCUCCUUCUAUGACCAUAUGCUCCAUGUGUGGCGCUGGGACUGGACUCCAGAGGAGGCUCAACAGGAAUCAGAGCAAUGUUGACCAGGCUGUAGCGCUGGCUGCAUUUUACACUAUAAUAAUUAUUUUCUAUCAAAUUAUAACAUUUACCGAAGUAAAGCAGAAUGUACAGCCCAACUAUAACAUUGGCAUUAUAUACUGUGAUUCAAUUCACCAUCUUCAAGAUAAGUCCCCACACUUAUCACAGAAUAUGCAAUUAGGAAAACCCUAUAUUUUCGUAAUUGAUUUUUAUAAACUUGUAUUUAAACAAUAUCCUUACUGUAUGUCCUGUAGCAGAAAGAUCAAUAGCACCAUUCACCCACAUACCUUGCCUUUUAUUAAAGCUUUUUUAGGCACUUUGUGAUUGUGUUAAGGAAAAUUGUUGACAAAAACACCUUGCUUGAAGACAGCACCAAUUGUAUUACUGUAGGUACCCAUGCAGUAUGUGUGAAUGUGAUUGAUUUUAUUGGUCCUUAAAGGGAAAUUCUCUUCAUUUGCACCCCUCUGCCUUUUAAGGAAAUUGUGCUCCUGCAUUCAGUUAAGCAUUAAUGACAUUUUGGCAGGGUUGAUGCUUGAUGAGUUGUGAUUUAAGCCCAGAGAGGCUGGUUGAAGGCAUGUAUUAAGACUCCCUUGUAUUGAAUCUGAUCUAGAUGAACCCCUUUUUGCUUUUAUGCAAGUGUUACACCAGCAUAUGUGCUGCUCCCUAGAAAUCUGAGGCUGUGAUCUUCACCAUAUGAUGAUUUUUGGAAAAUUGAUCACAGUUGUUUAUCAACAUUUGUAAAUGCCACUUCAACUGCUGGUUACAUUCAGUACACUUUCUGACCAAUAAAGUUACAUUGUCAAGUU